AUGCAAGGCGGUGACGCGCUGCAUAUUGCGGCAGCGUUGUCUGUCUGGUCAGCAUCUAGCGGAGCUGAGGGGCUCAGUAGAUUUCAGGCAUUUAGCGGUUACUUCCGGGAGUCUGACCUUCCUGAUACCUACAACCAUACCUCCAUCCAUACCUUCUAUGGACCACGUGCUCGGGUGUGUUUACUGGUGGUUGAUCAGAUAGCAGUUGAUCUGCUCGCCGAGCUUGGCAACUGGCUUGCAAACGUUUCAUCCCCAGUUGAAGAGACAUCGACUCAACUGUGCACUGACGAUGUCUCCUCAACUAAGGACGAAACGUUUGCAAGACAGUUGCCAAGCUCGGCGAGCAGAUCAACUGCCAUCUGA